AGAAAUUGUUUAAGUAUGUUUAUUAAAACGUGGACUAUGCCUAACACGACCCUGGAAUUUUCGCCCAAUGCGGCGUUAAACAAGGUGGUGGCUAACAAAUUUAUGAAUUUACCCAUUCCCGAUGGAAAAAUUCAGGCAAUGUAUGUCUGGAUCGAUGGAUCCGGAGAAAAUUUGAGGGCUAAAACCCGAACUGUAGAUUUCAUCCCGACAACCGCUCAAGAAUUACCCAUUUGGAAUUUCGAUGGUAGCUCAACAGGACAAGCGGAAGGACAAAAUUCCGAUACUUUCCUCUACCCUGUAGCGUUAUUUAAUGAUCCUUUUAGACAAGGAAACAACAAAUUAGUAUUAUGUGAAACAUACAGAUAUAAUCACAAGCCGGCAGCUACAAAUCACAGGCAUUCCUGUUUACAAGCCAUGGAAGCAGCUAAAGAUAGUCACCCAUGGUUUGGCAUCGAACAAGAGUACACUCUUAUGGAUAUGGAUUUGAGACCUUUGGGUUGGCCGAAGGGUGGUUUUCCAGGUCCCCAAGGACCGUAUUACUGCGGGGUUGGGGCAAAUAAAGUGUAUGGUAGGGAUAUUGUAGAAGCCCAUUACAGAGCAUGCAGAUAGAGCACAGAGAACAAUUGGGUUUCCAUUCUUAUCGUGUUGUAUUUUUAGUGGGAAUUCCAAGUAGGUCCAUGCGAGGGCAUUGCGAUUGGCGACCAGUUGUGGAUGGCCAGAUUUCUUUUGCAUCGCAUUGCUGAAGAGUUUGGUGUAGUUGCCACGUUAGAUCCUAAGCCCAUGGAAGGCAAUUGGAACGGAGCUGGUGCCCACACCAAUUUCUCAACUAAAGCAAUGCGAGAAGAUAACGGUAUAAUAGAGAUUGAAAAAGCGAUUGAUAGACUGAGUCGCAAUCACAUUAGGCAUAUACAAGCCUACGAUCCGAAGGGCGGGAAGGAUAAUGAACGUAGAUUGACCGGUCACCAUGAGACUUCUUCAAUUCACGAUUUUAGUGCUGGUGUCGCUAAUCGUGGAGCAAGUGUACGAAUACCUAGGGGAUGUGCCGAGGACAAGAAAGGCUAUUUAGAAGACCGUCGACCUGCGUCGAACUGUGAUCCCUACUCAGUAACAGAAGCAUUAGUACGGACCUGCAUUUUAGGAGAAUAAUUUGCCAAAAUAUUUACGCGUUUUUAUUAACAUUUACCUAAUCACUUUAUUUGUUAUUACUUUUUAGUUUGUUCAUCCAAAACGGUAAUAGUUGCAAUUAACAACGAUUGGUGGUUUUUGUCAACGAAUAAUAUUCAUAUCGUAUUUAUUAAACGUACAAUUAAUUUUUAUUCC